CAGGACAUACACACACACCAUGCCUCCCAGCCUGCCGGACUUCUCCAGCUCGGUGAAGCUCAAGUACGUGAAGCUGGGCUACCAGCACCUGGUCAACCACAUUAUCCCCCUCAUCCUCCUCCCCGUCGUCGCCUCCGUCCUCAUAGAGUUCCUCCGCCUCGGCCCUGACGGGAUCCUCUCCCUCUGGCGCUCCCUCCACUUUGACCUCCUCCACAUCCUCUGCUCCUCCUUCCUCGUCCUCUUCGUCGCCACCGUCUACUUCAUGUCCAAGCCCCGCACCAUCUUCCUCGUCGACUACGCCUGCUACAAGCCCCCCGUCACCUGCCGCGUCCCCUUCUCCACCUUCAUGGAGCACUCCCGCCUCAUCCUCAAGGACAACCCCAAGAGCGUCGAGUUCCAGAUGCGCAUCCUCGAGCGCUCCGGCCUCGGCGAGGAGACCUGCCUACCCCCCGCCAUCCACUACAUCCCCCCAACCCCCACCAUGGACGCCGCCCGCGGCGAGGCCCAGCUCGUCAUCUUCUCCGCCGUCGACGCCCUCUUCCUCAAGACUGGCCUCAAGCCCAAGGACAUCGACAUCCUCAUCGUCAACUGCAGCCUCUUCUCCCCUACCCCCUCCCUCUCCGCCAUGGUCAUCAACAAAUACAAGCUCCGUAGCAACAUCAAGAGCUUCAACCUCUCCGGCAUGGGCUGCAGCGCCGGCCUCAUCUCCAUCGACCUCGCCCGCGACCUCCUCCAGGUCCACCCCAACUCCAACGCCGUCGUCGUCAGCACCGAGAUCAUCACCCCCAACUACUACAAGGGCAACGAGCGGGCCAUGCUGCUCCCCAACUGCCUCUUCCGCAUGGGCGGCGCCGCCAUCCUUCUGUCGAACCGGCGGUCCGACCGGAGGCGGGCCAAGUACCGGCUGGUGCACGUGGUGAGGACGCACAAGGGGGCCGACGACAAGGCGUACCGGUGCGUGUUCGAGGAGGAGGACAAGGAGGGCAAGGUGGGGAUAUCGCUGUCCAAGGACCUGAUGGCGAUCGCGGGGGAGGCGCUCAAGUCCAACAUCACGACCAUCGGCCCGCUGGUGCUGCCGGCGUCGGAGCAACUGCUCUUCCUGCUGACCCUCAUCGGGCGCAAGAUCUUCAACCCCAAGUGGAAGCCCUACAUACCGGACUUCAAGCAGGCGUUCGAGCACUUCUGCAUCCACGCGGGGGGGCGGGCGGUCAUCGACGAGCUCCAGAAGAACCUGCAGCUGUCGGCGGAGCACGUGGAGGCCUCGCGGAUGACGCUGCACCGCUUCGGCAACACGUCGUCGUCGUCGCUGUGGUACGAGAUGGGGUACGUCGAGGCCAAGGGGCGGAUGAGGAAGGGGGACAGGAUCUGGCAGAUCGCGUUCGGGAGCGGGUUCAAGUGCAACAGCGCCGUGUGGAAGUGCAACCGGACCAUCAAGACGCCCACCGACGGGCCGUGGGCCGAUUGCAUCGACCGAUACCCGGUCCACAUCCCCGAAGUGGUCAAGCUCUGAGCGGCCCGAGAAGAUUUGAAGAGAGGAAGAAGAAGAAGAAGAAGAAAAGGG